ACUCACCUAGAGAACAUCUGUUUUCAUAUGGACAGACGAAGUUCCCUCACGAAGUCGCAGUUCCCCGUCUUCACUAUAUUCGCCCAAAAGACGUGCAUCCGAGCCCCGUGCGCCAGGCCAUGGGUAUUCGAAGUCGUGCGAGGUCACGAGCUGAGGACGUACAUACGUCACAGACGACGGGUCGGAUCUCGUCGAGAGUGCAUGGAACUCUGCCUUCAGGAACAUGGGUUCACAUGCAGGUCAGCAAAUUUCAACCACGAGACCGGCGACUGUGCGAUGAGUGACAUGGACAGGUUCACGGUGUCCGGCCUCAACAGUCUGACAGCAGAAGAACGCGUGGACUACAUCGAGUCCAACUGCGUGAGCGAUCCUCUCAAGAUGUGCGAUUUCACCCCUUUGAAUGGGCGCAUCCUCAAGACAGUGGACAGUAUCCAUCAGGACGUGGCUACCCUGGAGCAGUGCCAACAACUGUGUCUGCAAGCUCCAGAUUUUCGCUGCCACACUUUCGACUUUGGAGACACAGGUACUGGGGUGUGUCGGUUAUCACAUCACGCCACACCGAGCCUGCAACACAUCGAAGAGCCUUACCUCGAACUAGAGUCAGCAACGACUUAUCAGCUGACGGCGUGCUACAACGUGACGGUCGACUGCCGAGCGUCCGAUAUGGUGGCGAGAAUCAAAACUAAUAAGAUCUUCAAUGGCAAAGUUUAUGCCAAGAACCGCCCGAAUUCCUGCGUGGCCGAUGUCGUCAAUGACCUGGAGUUUGAUUUGCGCUUGGGGUACCAUGACCUCAAUUGUGACGUAAGGCAGGAUGCUUUGGGUAGAUUCAGUACGGACAUUAUCAUCCAGCACCAUGAUCAAAUUGUAACAAGCCAGGAUGUUGGGCUCUCCGUAAGGUGUUCAUACAAUCUUCAGAAUAGGAGUAUAGGACAUGGUGUGGAACUUCAAGUGAGUGGUGAACCAGACGAAAGUGAAGAGAAUGCUUAUGUUGUGUCACCUACAGUCACGAUGAGAAUUACUGACCGUCAGGGUCAGGACAUCCAUACAGCUCAAGUUGGUGAUGCACUCAGUCUGCGGUUCAACAUCCUCGAUGAAGACACACCAUACCAGAUCUUUGUGCGAGAACUUGUGGCUCUAGAUGGUGUUGACUCUAGUGAGAUUCUGCUCAUCGAUAGCUUAGGCUGUCCUACAGACCCAACUAUAAUGGGUCCUAUCACAACUGUAGACCAAGCAGCGCGAUCUCUUCAGGCUCCUUUUGAUGCGUUCAAAUUCCCUACUUCAGAUGUUGUGCAAUUCAAAGCUCUGGUAACUCCUUGCCUCCCAUCAUGUGAACCAGUUUUAUGUAACGUCGAGGAUUAUUACGGAAUAGAACGUCGAGUAGAUUCCUAUGGAAAGAGGAGAAGAAAACGAGGCGUUAGUACAACAAAUGACGAAGAUAUGCUGUUGGUUCAAAGUAUACGAAUUGCUGAUAAGUUUCAGUUUAACAAGGAGAUGGGAGAUGGAAAGAACAGAGAUAGAUUAGCUGAAAAAGGUGGGGAGCAUCCUUUCUGUAUGAACAUUCUUGGGCUUGCAGCUGCUGCCACCAUCUUCCUCUGUACUCAGGUGCUUUUGGCUGUGAUGUGUCUCUGGCAACGUAAAUGGAGAAAUGACACGGCACCAUAUCAUGAUAGGCAACACUUGUAUCAUCGUGGAUAUUGAACAUGCUCUGUUAACCUGUUUGACCAUGCGUCAUGACCUGUACACCAUCUAGCUGGUCUUGUAUUGCACUAGCAUAUUGCUAAAGUGAUAAAUGCAGAUUUAAGUCCCGUGGCAAUCCCAUAGUACUGGGCUUUAAAUACUUUAUUCAUGUAUAAAAAGGUUAAAUGGUAUUAUAAUCAUUUAAUAUAAAUGUAUAUCACUGUGUGGAAACAGUUCCAAAGUUAAAAGCCAGAAAGCCAGUUUGGGGUAGAGACACUGAUAAUAUAUUAAAUUUGGUAAGGUAAACACUUAAGUGCAAAGAUGGGAAAAAUGCUUCAGGAAGAGUAACUAUCAGCCUUGCAUUGCAGAUCACAUUAUACAUAGACCAGUUGGGAAUAUAAAACAAACCUUAACAUUUUAAAUUAUUAUAAAUUGUAACACGUGUUUCAUAAAUGACAAUAUUAACAGGUGUCACAUGAUUUAAAGUAAAUUAUAUACUCUGAAGUUAAAAGAUAAACACCACAAGACUACAUUUUGAUUAGUUACUCAAUGGGACAAAAUAAUGUACAGAGCAAACAUUGCACAUAUACUUCACUCAUUACAGUAUUCAAAGGAUGUUUGAAACAGUUCCUGAAGUAGUAAUUCUAAGUUUAUCUUCAAUGUUAUGUUCCUCAUCUUCAAGAUGUUACUAAGUAAAAGAAAGUUAUAAUCUGUAACUUAGUUCUGUAUUUCCAAUUUCUUUAUACCAGGCCAUACACAUUGGUGUCAGGUUGGGGGAUGGGGGUAGGCACCAGCUCCCCUCCUCAAGUUCUUUGGAGAUAAAAUAAAAAUUAAACAAAUUAAAAAUAAGUGAAUAUACCAAAAAAUAAUUCCAAAACUUCUAGUAAAGCAUUUUGAAGAUGGAAUUUAUUCUUCUGUCUUGAUUAAAACAAUGUUCCUCAGCAGAAUUGGCCAUAAAUGCAAGAUUUUAAGGAAAUAUAUAGAAAUUAGAAGUUCCAUAAGAAAAUUUUCUGGUUGCCUCCCUUGGAAAAGAUCCUGUCAGUGACCAUGGUCAUGCUGUACCUGAUGAGAGAAGGUCUGUUUUUGCGGUACUGUGUUAUUUUAGUUAUAUUCUGUUUUACGGCCAAUAACAUAUCUCUACAUAAUGGUCUGGUGACAAACUGUUGGAACAAAAGUGUUUUGCAGAAGCUAACAGUGAUUUGAAAAUUCUUCUGAAGUGAGUUAUGUUGUGGUAGCACAUCUAGUCAGGAAAAUCAGCUUAUUUGAUUGUCUUACCAUAACCUCACAAUUAUUUUUGGGGGGGCAAUACAUAUCUAUAGACAUUACUGAAAAAUGUUUUGCAUUUCUUUGUUUGUAUUGGUAUACACAUGGAGUAGGCUUUUGAAAUCAACAGUGUGAUAUCUGGUGAAUAGUAAAGGAUGAAAAUUAUUUAGUAGUUUAGUAGAUUAUUUUACUUUAUAUUCUGUGUGUUUUAGCCAGUGUACAGAGUUUACAUGAAUAAUGGGGUUUUGUGACCUUGCCAUUUCAUUGCUACUACAAUACCCAGGGUUAAAUGCAUGUUUACUUAGAAAGAAACUCAUAUAAUUUUGUUAACAGUAUAGUUUCUGUUUACAGGGUUGUGUUGUGAUGCGUACUGAUCGUGAAAAAUCUGCAUGCUUUCUGAGAUUAAUGACUCACAUAUUGAAGUUGCGUAAUACCACUACAAAAGCUUUUUGAGUUGGUGAAUCAAAUAAACAAAAGUACAAUGUACAGUGAGAUUCUAUAUUUACCACUCUGCUUGCAAAACCCCUCUAUUCAUAUGUGUAAACCCUGUAUUUUGGAACAUGCUGAAUUCUCAAAAACUGCCAGCAUCUACAAAAAAUGUGCUAUUGUAUAGUUAUUUUGGAAUUUAAUUUCCAUGUUUGAUUUAGAUAUUUAUUUUGCAGUAUUUCUGCGAGAGACUGAAUAGCCACAUAAGUGCGUGACUGGUUUUAGGGGAAAGGCAAUAUGUUGUCAACGGUUAGGAUAUACUCUUGCCUGAGUCGCAGUAUUCAUGUGAUCUGUGAGAUAUGACAAAGCAAGAACACUUAUCAAAGCUAUGGGUCACUAUUUCAUUUCCUUUGUGCUGAGUCAAUUGUGCAUCUUGGGUAUUAUUUCCAUCUCACUAUUUUAACUAUUUCUUGCAUAAUAAUGGUAAUAUUAAAUAUGGUAUUCUGAAAACAGAAUUCCUGUGAAAGCUGCUUCGACCCUUUUUCUUGGUAGUAGAGACAAAUAUAUGGCUUGACAAUUUGGUACCUGGUAUUCACCAGACUAUCAUGAUUAAAAAAUGUCAGUGUUCUGGCUUGUAACACCAUGUGGACUUGUAGGCAGAUACCAUUGUUUUGGAGGAACAAACUGUCUUCACCUCCAGAGAUAAAUAUGAACACAGUAUGCUGCUCUAAAACAUUGAUAUCUUAUUUUUAAUUUCAUGUGGGGCAAUGAUUGUCUGUGAUCAUAUCAUUACACAUGAGCCUCUAUGAUGACUUAAUUGCCUGUGAUGACAGCAAUGCUGUCUGUACACGUAUGACUUGUGAAUGUCUAAACAGAUUUUUGUAAAGAUUGGUAAGAAUAUUAUGCCAUUUCUAACACACUUUUAUUUUCCUACAACGUGAUGAAACUUAUGAGGUGGAAUGAAGAUUGUCUGUAAUGAUGUCAUUACCUACCAUGCUGCCAUCUGUCACUUGCUAUAUGAUAUGGCAGCCAUAAGAUAUGGCAUAAAGAACACUUUUGGAAUUUUUGUUUACUCUGCGGAAUAUAUCUUUAAAAUCAUAGAUUAAUAGCAACAUUUUCAAAUCUUGUUUAUUUUUUUAUGGAAUUUUUGCUGAUCAUCUGUACUUUUCAAGGGAGUUUGUCAAUCAUGGAGGUAGUCAUAAAGUUAUGUAAUUUCUACAAAUAUUAUUAAUAUUAUAGCACACUGUAUAUUUGGCAGAACAGUUCUGUAUAGGACUCAUAGUGUGAUUUUCUGUGAAGUUGAACUUUCCUGUCCAUGAAGGGUGAAAAUAUUUAUAAUUUGCUGUGUGUGUAUGUGGGUAAGGCACUGAUAUUUUGAAGCAGCCAUUUAUAAAUUUAAAGUAAAAUGUCAAACAUUACUUAAAUAUUUUGACCUCCCCUGUCAGUUCUAUUGAAAAUAUGUUUUCUGAAUGGGAAUUUGGUGGGAAAGACUGUUUCACAUAGAGGAAACAUUAUGAUUUGGGUGGUGGUGGUGGUGGUUGUGGUGAUGUAUGGGGUUAUAUUGUAAAGUAAAUGCACAUAAAUUUAUGUUAUUUGUAAUGUAUACAAAAGUAAGAAUGAUUCAUAUUAGUUGGUCUAAUGCAUUAUUUUUUUAAACAGGUCAUUAUUUUUUAAUCAUGGAUCUGUAUGUAGCAAGUACAAUGCUGUCAUUUCUACUGGCACUCUUUGUCAAUAGGAAUGGCAGAAACCAGAGUGCUGUAUUGCCCUCAUUCUCUAUAAUGAAUUGUGUUUAUACAUAUUUGUUUAUUUAUUUAUUUAAAUAAUUUUGCUGGUGAUAUAUUGAUUCAGAGAAAUAUUUCUAAUUUAACAUUCUUAAGAAAUGUAUAAUGAAGUGUAAUUAUUAUUGUUGUGAUUCGCUGUUGGGAUAAAGUACGCAAUAAGAAUAUGUAUUCAGUUUGGUUUGUGUAUAAUUAUAUAUUUAAGCCUAUAACAGAAAGAUGGGUCAGUUUCUUUGUUCAUUUAUUUAUUUGAUGUGAAAUAAAUAUUAAAUAUAACAAUUAGCUGGAUAGGAUGAUGUCCUGCCUCACACUGAUCUGCUGCAUAAUGUAAUGUGGUAUCAAAGAAAACUUGACAAAUGAUAUGUGCAGUAUGGUGUUUAAUACACUGUAAGAGAAAAUUCUCCUAUUCAAAUUUGUAUUUUGUAUUUCUGAUGUCCUUAUAAUAAAACUAGUUAAUUUAAAUUAUCUCCUUAUGUAGUGUAUGAACAGGAUGGUAAUAAAAACAGUAAUCCAAGU